UGCUGUUGGGAGUCGACUCUUGAUCCUGAACCGAGUCAACUGACUCAUUGGAGAGAAAAAAAAAAGUCUGACAGGAAAUCUGCUCCUCAGUCUACAGACAAGACCUACGUGUUUCUGUGGACCAGCUGUCAGUUUCAGCAGGAGCAGACGGAGUGGGACGCAGUGAACCGCCUGCUGCAGCACCAGGGAUUUAAACCCGUCUGCUUCGCCGAUCCCACUGAGAACAAGAAACUGUCAGACCUGGUGCUGUUGGAGAGAUGGUCCUCGUCUGAGCUGCGUCUCGUGCUGAAGACCAUGCUGAUGGACUCGGAGCGCAGACAAGCUCUGAUCCAGGAACUCAUCCAGUCUAACAGCAAGUUAAAACAGGAAGUGGAGCAGCAGCAGGCACGAGCCGUGCGUCAGUCACAGAGAGCAGAGGAGCUGGAGGGCGUGUUGGCCGGGGUAAAGGUCAAAGUUCAGGGGCUGGAGGACUCCAUUAUCAAUAAAGCAGCACAGCAGAAGGGACAAAUACAGCAACUGCAGCAGGACAAAAGAGAUUCAGAAACGCUCUGUCAGGCUCUGCAGCAGAAGCUCCGUGAACAGGAGUCUCAGGUGUGUGAGCUGCAGAAGAAACUCCAGCUCACCAUGAAAGAGGAGGAGAAACGAACGUCUCGGCAGAACAGAGCUUUCCAGCAGAUCCUCAGUCGCUCAGCACGUCUACACUCACCCAGUGAUCAGCUGCUCCUGGACGUCAUCAGUGUUUACGAGUCUCAGCUGCAGAAUAAACUGAAGAAGUGUCGCAGAUGCUGCGUGUGUAAUAACGACUCGUCUGACUCGCAGAACAACGACACGUCAGACUUAACAUCCUCCAGCUACAAAACCCUGCUCAAGUCAUAUCAGGAGCAGAUGAAGAAGACUAAAGCUCAGCGUGAUGAUCUGAAGUCGGAGCUUCAGCGCCUCAGACAGGAGCUGGACUCCAGGCCGAGUGUGAAGGAGCUGAAGUGUUUUAAGCAGCAGCUUAGGAGGAUGGAGCACCUCGUCCAAAACACCAACGCCAGGUCACUACAGACAGAGAGAACUGAAGAUCCUCUGAGUUCCAGCACUGAGUACCAGAGAUACAUCACGGAGAUCUGCUCGGAGCUGAAGGUGCAGGACGUGAGUCACGUGGUGGCUGCGGUUCAAGCACGCUGCCGAGACGCUGACUCAGCACUCCGACUCGAGAAGGUUCUCAGUGACAUCGUGGCCGUCCUGACCGAUCCCAGAGCGCCGUUACAGUUGCUGAGGAGAAUUGGUGACACUUCAGGCUCGGAGCUGGAGCAGAUUGUCCCUACGCUGCAGAUGUGGAGCCAGCAGCUCGGUGCUCUGACCGACCUGCACCGCUCCAUCAGCACACUGGUGAGGAGGCUGUUGCCGUGGCAGCCAGAGGACGAGGUGUGUGCUCAGACCAGGUGUGUGAAGGUGGAGGACGUGAUGCUCAUUGUGGACAUGCUGCUGGAUGAGACCGCUCCAACCAACAAGGUGUUACACACUCCCUCUAAGCCCACCCUGCAGGCGAUGGUGUCUCACUUCCAGAUGCUGUUUGAUGUGGUGAGUAUUCGUGGUGUUUACACGAGGAUGAACGAGGUUUACACUCGACUGGCAGAGAUGAACAACGCCAUGAGGAACCUCCGAGACAUCCUGGACAUGGAUGAGAGCACAUCUCCUGGGAAUGUGGUGAACAUGGUGGCCAGAAUCAUCACUCACAUGGAUUCUUAUCAGAACUCACACAAGCUGCUUGGAACCAGUGACAUACACAGUGAAGCUGAAGGAACAUGACAAGCUCAGUACUGUGUUUUACUCAUCGUCCUCCAGCGUCAACACACUGGAGAGGAUCGAUUCUGCUUCAUCAGAGGAGUUCGGCCUGAAGCUGAAGCUAAAGAAAUAAUCUGGAAUCCUGUAAAAACACAAGAAAUAGAAAUGAGGCAUAAAAAUGAAGUGUUUUUAUUGUAGAAGUGUUUUUAUAGCUUGUUCUUUUUCAUUACUGUUUGUGUGUGAGCUUCAGGUGAUGCUGAAGCUGUGUGUGAGGUAAAGAACCAGGAAUAAACAUGACUCCUCGCCUA